AUGGGCAAAAUCAUCAAGACGAUGCAGUCCAAGCACAAAGAGACUUUGUCUCCUUGGCUGAAAAACUACGUCGAAACAGCCUCCACCAUAGAUUUGCCAUCCUUGCCGAACCAUCUGUCGACAUUCCCAUCGAGAUGGCCGUUCGGACGUGGAGAUUUGUAUCACUGGAUACCGCUUCUCAACCGAUUUGAUAGCAUUUUGGAGCAUUUCAACAAGACUUAUGCCCUGAACGAGGGUCCACAGUCUCGAGAUUUCGCCGCCGACGUCCUCCUCAACCGUGCGAAAGAUUCGGCAUUCAGUAGCGAGAAACAGUGGACAUAUGAGGAGCUUCAAGAGCUUGGUUUCUCGGCCGAUGGUGACAGGGUGCUGAUAGAGGCUGUUUUGCUAUUCACUCGCAUGCUCCUGGAGCAUUGCGGCAACCGCAGCAUCUAUGCCAGCAGCCCGCAUCUCAACGACCUUCUUAACACUACCGCAUUGUCUGUUCUCAUUUCAACAUUGGAGGUGGGCUCAGAGUUAGCUCAGCGGUAUCAGGCUUCCGUCAAAAGGAUCGGCAAUGCUUCCAGGCAGAUAAGCGCAGCGCUGUUAGCAAACCAUUACAACAUCGACAUCGAGCGAGUCCAACAAAUUGCGCUGCCGUUUGUCAAGACUCCCAUAGUAAGCCUAGCUGACCCUGCGUCAUCCAUAACCCCAGUCUCGACCAAGGGAAAGGAAAAGGCACACGGGAGCAGUAGCAGAAACUCGACUCCGACCCAUGCUAACGACCUGGUUGCAAUUGCUACCUGUGACGAUGCAAUGUGGCAGGGAUGGGGCGACGUGAAAGUGCUGUACUAUCCACAAGACAGCCAUGUCGGCGUUGACGUGUCAAAUGACACCGGCCGAACGUCACUCCCCUCAACACCGACUCCCCUACGCCGCAGCCAUACCGUUGGUAGCCAGCAGAACACUCCCCGAGCCCGAAAUAUCGGUACUGAUGACUCAUCUCCUAUUAUCCCGCGAACUCCAGCUGUUUCGGAGGAACAUGCCAUCCCAGGUCAAAAGUCAUUUGAUUUGCCCAAGUCUGUGGUUUCGACUUCAUCUAUCUAUGACCUUGUUAAGCGAUGCCCCGAUGACAUGCCGUCAUCUGCAAAAUAUGAGUUUUUUCACCGAGUCCGAGUUGCAAAGGCACUCACUGAGUCGCUCGAGUCGCGUCAGAAAAUACUCGCGAUCCGGUUACUUGCGAUUACCAAUCUGGCCUACAUCCAUACCGAAUCAAACUUUGUUGACAAGGUUCUUCGUCACGAUAUUGACGAGACCAGAAGAUACCAGCUUGUCUACCAACUUGCGGAGCUGAUACACCCCUCGGCUGAUGGACAUUCAAAAAUACCGCUAUGGCUUCAGACGUUUGCCCUGGCUCUCCUGGAGGCUGUGUCAGGAUUCCAUGCCAGAUGCCAAGAUGUUCUGUCUGCCUUGAACGCCAAUGUCAACCACGGAAUCUUGCUCUACGUCAUUAGAAAGGCUGUAGCGGGCAUGCAGGUUGAUGAGGCGACCGACAUCGGUGACCAGGCCAGCGAAGCAGACGACUGGCGUAACAAUCUCUUUUCUUUGACCUUGCAUCUGUCCAUGGCCACCCGCGUUGGAAGUGAAAUGGUUUCGGCCGGUCUUAUGGAUAUCCUGGUUGAGAUUCUCCACAUCCGGUCCCAAGUGGCUCAACGACACCAUUCGAUGGUGUUGGCGUUUCUAGAUGGCCUUAUUUGGACGUAUCAAAAUGCAUUCACUGCCUUCUUCAAUGCUAGCGGCCUAGGCGCUGUUGCACAACUGCUAGUAGACGCUGUUACAGAGGCUCAGAAUUCGCUAAAAUCAUCUAAAGGUGUCAAACCCGACCAACAGUCUGUGGUGGUCGACUACGAGAUCCCUUACUACCAGCAGCAGACGCUAAAAUGGCUUCUCAAAUUUGUCCAUCACAUCAUGUCAAAUUCUUAUAGUUAUGGUGGCAAUACUGAACGCCUGCUAAGAAAUCUAGCAGAAAACUCUGACCUGCUUCACAGUCUGCGAGAAAUCAUGGCCAAUAAGCAGAGCUUUGGAUCGGUGGUGUGGACUAAUUCAGUCACAAUUCUAAGUGAUUUCAUCAAUAAUGACCCAACCAGCUUUGCCGCCAUAUCUGAGUCCGGCAUGAUCAAAACAUACCUCGAGGCAAUUACUGGUCAGCCAGUGCCGGAGCAGCAACAAGGUGGGGAGUCGAAGCAGGCUGAACAACACCAAGAAGACCAAGGUGAUGCCGAGUCUCCGGAUUCGUCUGCUGCCGCCGCUUCAAUUGCAGACGAGGAUGACCGGCCGCAUCCUCCCUCAGACGAUGAUAUUCGGCACACAAGGCGCAACAAACCUGCCGAGGGUAUUUUGGCCUCUUCAGAGGCGAUCAAUAUUGUUCCUCAGGUCCUGAAUUCUAUCUGCCUGAACAAUAUGGGCAUGAAGCUGGUUGUCGCCUCUCGAGCUUUUGACAGCUAUCUUGAAAUUUUUGAGAGCUCUCAGCAUGUAUCGUGCAUGGAAGCAGACAGCGACUUGGCGGGCAACGUCGGCGCCAACUUUGAUGAGCUUGCCCGUCACCAUCCACCCUUGCGAACGUCCAUCUCCAAUGCUGUCAUCGACAUGGUUGCCAGAGUACGUUGGCUAGGAAUUGAGAGAGGAAUGGAGUCGGACUGGGGUGCCAGGCUGUAUGUCACCACUGCAGAGGGAACUGUAGUCACUGUUCACCCGAACGAACACUUCAUGAAAGCACCAACGGUAGAGUCUGCCCCUGAGCGACAGGGUGCUACCACCGAAGGGGCAGACGUGGACAUGUCUGACGCAGCUUCCACCAACGAGACUAUCACCGAGAAGAGCAAGAAACCUCAAAAACUGGCCCCCGCUCAAUCACUUACACCAUACAUUCAUGGUCUGGCUAAUUUUUUGACCGGCUAUUUGUCUAAUACACUGCUCAAGGUAAACUUUGUGAGAAAGGGUGGCAUUGAGCUCCUUCUCGACUUGUGCGAGUCACCAAGUCUUGACGCAUCAUUUGGCGAUUCAUCUGCCUCCAGAGUUCUCAAUCAGGUCAUCGCCCAAUUAGUUGAGCACUCCCCUGUUCGGGGUCUGCCCUCACUAUUGCGUCGCGCGCAGUCAAACAUCGAUGUGUUGAAACCUCUUGCAGCCAAGACUGAGGCUCUCCCUCCGUACUUUGGCGCUUUCCUUGCUACGGAUUUGCAUGUCUGGAGCGAUGAUCCCGAGCAAUCGAAAGUUGUUCUACAAGCAACGCAAAAGAUUAAGGCACUGUUGAACGCUCAAAACUUGAUUAAAAUCAUUUCCGACUGUUUCACCACGUCGAGGUCCAACGCCCUGCAGUUCUACCCCGUGAACAUUUAUGAUUACUAUUUGAAGCUCGUAAAGUCUAUCGGACCAUUGUUGCGAGGUAUUUUGGCCGAGGAAGCAGGCGAGCUCUCCGUUGUACCGCAGCAUUGGUCGUUGCGUCGUCAGGGUUUUCUCGGCGUGACCAACACAAGUGAGGGACGUGAUGCUGCGGGGAGCGACGAAACCUCAAUCCCAGAUGUGCUCAACGAUGCUGCCAGAAGCUGGCCCUCUGCUGAUGGCACUGACACUUCUGCACCCGUUGAACCUACGGAGCAAGAGCGCUCUAGCGCCCGGUUCAUGAAUUACGAGAUCUUGCACACGCUUUUGCAUCCCAUGAUCCCCACCUCCUUCCCCUUGUUUCAAUCUCUAGGCAAAGCCCUCUUGCCUAGGAGAGAGCCAAACCACCUCGAUCCAUUCCCUCGUCCUAGACAGUUGGAGAUUGCGAUGGCCUUGGCGGACACUGUCUUAUCGCAUCUUGGCCCGUCAGUCGCCCAGGCUGAGCCGACAUCUAAAGACUUCCAUUACUGGAUUAUUAUGCUUCACACCAUUCAUGAAAUGCUAAUCGACCACCCGUCACCUCGACAAAGCGACAGAUCCAAUGUGCAAAUUAUCAUGCCGGUUCUCCUUGCAUUCAAAGAACAAGGUGGCCUCGACGUGCUGAAUUCUAUACUCAGGAUCUUGGCAUCAUCUGUGAAAGCGGGGCCAGACAGCAACAUAGACGAAACGUCAAAAGUCAAGGUUGCCGCAUUUGGACUUAAGAAAGUCCUUGAUCUUUACUACAUCCUGGUGAACGGAAAGUACUUGUCGGAAAGCAGCAACCACUUCAAUCUUCAUCGCCAGGCCGAUCGGUCACAGAAUAUUCCAAACGUAGCCCAGCAGGUUGUGGUCGAGUUUCGCGCAGCAAUUCUGCCUGCCAUCAUGGAGCUUUGGACGUCCAACUUCGUCGAAAAGGUUCCCGAUGCCACGGUGAAGAGACUCCUGGAUAUUCUCAAGAUUGUGUGUGCGGCUGAGCACGAACCCCAAUCUAUCCCCAAAGAUGCCAAGGCGCCCUUGAUGCUUUUCAAAUACACUGAUGCCAGAUUUAACUGGGCAUCUGUUCAAAGCGUGGUGAAAGAGGUCAUAGACACGGGCUUUGAGGAGGAUCUUGUUCACGAAGCAGUCUAUAGAGCUAAUGGGAACACUGCACCCGUUAUCGAAUAUUGCCGCGCUCAUACAGACGGUCUCGCAGGGCCACGAAAUCCCAUUCCUCCUGAGGACGCAGACAUUUCGGCUCUACAACAAGAAUCAUCAGCAGUCCAAGAAGAUCAAUCGAAUACAGUUACUGCCCCUGACUCCGACCAGAUGAUCUUAGAUGCUCUUCCCGAUAUAUCUGCUGAUGACAUGGUCGAAUAUGUCGAUCGGCAUAUCGGCAAUAUUCAGGCUGAUAAUGAUAAUUCAUCAGAAGCCACGGGUGUAACGUCAUCCAAUCACAGAGAUGACACGACCGACAAAAUCCCUACCAUGAAUUUUGUUGUGAAUUUCAACGUGGUCAAGGACGAGCUGGAUAACAUGCGUUCCAAGAUCCGCGCACAAUUGAUUGACCAAUGUCUGGACGUGAUUCGAACCCAUCCCGAGACGGCCAUUGAAGUAUCAGAUUUGGUAUCUACCACCAUUUUGCGACGGCAGAACCAGGAAGCCCAGGAAGAGGUUGCCUCCACGCUCACAUUUGCUCUUUCAUCUUUAUCUCUGGACGAGGAUGAGAAGCGGCGAAAUGGCAAGUGUAUUGCAGCCUACGCUCACCUCUUGGCUCUGUUGCUCCAGGACGAGAAUUUCUUUGAGCACAAUAAGGAAAAUCUCGCUGAUAAGGUAGACGAGUAUGUUGGCUUCUUGAAAGUCCCACUUUCGUCUUCCACCGACGAAUUGCCACCUUGGAUUCCUUAUAUUUUGCUUGUUCUGGAGGCUCUUCUCUGCCAUGAUGAACGACCAGUCCCGGUGCAAUGGAAGCCGCCAAAGUCUCUAGAAGACCCCGUUUCUGAGCCUGUCAUUCGAUUAGGCCUGCCGUUGGUUGGUGACGAGAAUUGUAACAAAAUUCUGGAAUCUCUACUUAACUUGCUGCCUCGUAUUGGCAAGGAGGAAAUUCUAGCUACUGCAGUGCUAAGAGUGCUUUUAAUCCUGACUCGGAAACGACGCCUGGCAAAGGUCGUAGGCGAGAAGAAGAACCUGCAGCGAUUAUUCCUAAUGGCCAAGCAACUCUCUGGCUCCGGCUCCGAGCGUCUGAAGCAAACAAGGCUUACUGCACACAUCAUCACCAUCUUAAGGCACAUCAUUGAAGACGAGGAUAUAAUUAAACAGAUUAUGCGCGCAGAGAUACAAGCGGACUUUCCCAAUUUAAUUAGGAACCAACGGGGCCACCCUGAUGUAUCAUCUUUUCUCCGAGCCAUGGCACCUGUUGCCCUUCGCGCUCCGGAUCUGUUUGUGGAAGUGACAAACGAGGUGCUUCGAUUUCAAAGAUGGAUGGCUCCAUCCGGAGAUUCGAACCGAUCGCAGGCUUUGGUUUGGAAAGACCAGCAAUCCGACUCCAAAACUGAAGAGGAGAAGCCAACCGCAGAUGGAUCUUCGAGCGAUACCGUAAAACCCUCAACAGAGCUUGCCGACAAAGAAAUGGCUGACGUCCCAAAGGCACACCAUGACAUUAAGCGACCGGUUGUAGAGAAUCCCGAUGGAGUCAUUCAUUUCCUGCUGUGCGAGUUAGUCAACUAUCGCGAAGUAGAUGACAAGGAACCUUCUGCGCCUUCUGACCUCAACACGGAGGCUACUGGAACGGCAAACUUGCGAGAUACUAGCUCCAAGGAUAUUUCAGCAGCUGACGGAAAGGAUAAAAAACAAUCGAAACCUUUGUUCAAGGCAGAAGAGCAUCCUAUAUUUGUUUACAGAUGUUUUUUGCUGAACUGUUUGGCAGAACUCCUGCAGAGCUACACACGAACGAAGGUCGAAUUUAUCAACUUCAAGCGUAGCGCCCCACCCUUGUCGACUACAACCCCAAUUAAGCCACGAACAAGCAUCUUGAACUAUCUGAUUUACGAUUUACUGUGCCAAGGGAACCUCAACGGUACUACCGACACCAUUGUUUCGAAGAAGAAGGCAGCGACAUCGUCGCUGACUCAAAAAGUUCUGGUGGCCCUCGUGUCUAAGACCAGUGAAAAGGCUGCAGACCGUAGAGCCGACAAAUUUGUUUAUGAUGACGAACCUGACUUGCUGUUUGUCCGAAAAUUUGUUCUAGACACAAUAUUGAAGGCUUACGAGAAGGCGCCGCUCACUGAUGAGCCUCUUGAAACCCGAUAUUCCCGGAUGCAGUGCUUGGCUGAACUCAUGAACCACAUGAUUGGUGAGAGGGAUAGGGACCAGAAUCCAAAUUCACGAGGCAGCGACAGUCUUCAGUCUCGCUCACAGGCGCAGCUCCGCCGAUUGAUGUACGAAAAGGGCUACGUCGACAAGCUCACGUCGUCAAUCGCCGAAAUUAGCCUCAGCUAUCCGGGCGUAAAGCGGGCUAUCAAGUAUAUCCUCCGUGUUCUGCGUGUUCUAACCAGCACCGCAAAAGAACUAAGCCAAUCAAGUAUUUUACCUGCAGAUCCUGCUGGUGACCACAGUGACGAGGAAUUCGCAUCAUCUUCAUCACUGUCUGAUGUCGACGACGAUGAUAGAGAAGAGACUCCGGACCUGUAUCGUAAUUCCGCACUAGGAAUGCUGGAACCUCGGGGAGAAGAUGACGAGUCCGAUGAAGGUGAUGAAGACGACGAUGAGGACAUGUAUGGCGAUGAAUAUGACGACGACGAGAUGGACUACGGUGAGGAUGAUAUUACCGAUGGCGAGGAUGACAUUAGUGAUGAUGACGAAGAACUUGGUGGCAUGGGAGAAAUUGAGGGUCUCCAUGGUGAGCCAGGCGUGGUUGAAGUCAUCAUGGAUGAAGAUGAAGAUGACGAAGAAGACAGCGACGAUGAAGAGGAUGACGACAUGGACUCUGCUGAUAUGGAAGAUGUGGAGGACCGGGUAGAGAUAGUUGACGAGGAUGGGAACCCCCUUGAGGAGGAUGGAGACUCUGGUUGGGAAAGCGAAAGCGAUGUUGAAGAGGAUGAUGACCCGGACCAAGAUGCUUUGGAUUAUGACGCAGAGGUCCAAGAAGAGGGAGAAUCUCAUAUGCAUGGCAUGGCCCCAGGCGAUUUGCUUGACAAUAUGGCUCGGGCUAUUAUGGGGGAUGAUGGAGGGUAUGAUCCGGAUCUAGGUUUGGACGACCAUUAUCUCGACGAUGAGCAUGAAGAUGGUGAAGAUGAGGAUGAGGAUGAAGAUAUUGAUGACGAGGAGUACAUCUAUGACGAGGACUAUCCAGAUGACCAACUGCCCCCAAUGCCAUCGUUGGGGUGGGAUGCUGUCAACCCUGACAUGGAUGACCGGCAUCGUAAUAUGCUCCUCGUUGAUGGCCACAGACGACCCGUAUUGGCUCGAAUGGACAACCGCAGUUCCUUUCCCGGUCGUUUCCUCGGUGGAUCUCAUCGUGAUCAACUGGGAGAGUUCCGCAGCUACUUUACGUCACGAAACCACAGAUCUACGGGGGCACAAUCUAACGCGGAGGAUGGUCUCAAUCCCCUCCUGCGUCGCAGCGAUCAAGCAAACGAAGGCCUGCCUCGGCCUGGCCAAACGCACGCUUUAGAUUUAAGAAUUCCGCCUGGUUUGCUCGGCGCCGGUCGCCACUCCAUGGAUGGUCCCAUGGGCUUGUUGGGAGAACUCAUGGAAUUUUUGCCAAUGAUGAGCCAAAGCGGAAAUGGCCAACAGGCUUUUCAUUUCCACAUCACUGGACCUGGCGCACCUCGGGAAUUUAGAGAUCUAGGCCCAGCACGGUGGGUUAGGACUGAUAAUCGGCGCGACGCAACAGCCCAGGAGCCUCACCAAGCAGUUUCGUUCACCGCAGAAUCAACCUUGGACCGCUACCAGGAGGAGGCCAGGAUGAUUUUUGGGGUCAACCACACCACUGAAGCGUUUAAGCUUAUCAACAUCAUUACCGCACAGCUUACUCCCGCUGCAAUGGAGCUUGAGAAGAAGAUCAAAGCCGAGGAAGCAGAGCAUCAGAGACGUGCAGAUGAGGAACGAAAGAAGAGGGAGGAAGAAGAACGUCUUGCCCAGGAAGCGAAAGCGGCGGAAGAGAAGGCUGCCAGAGAAAAGGAGGCAAAAGAACGUGAAGAACAGGAACGACUUGCGCGGGAACGCUUGGCCACUGCAGAAACCACAGAAAACGAGCAACCAGAUCGUUCCAGCGAAGGAGCGAUGGAAGGUAUCGAGACAUCUGGACCAUCAAGUGAGCCUCAAUCCACAGUAGAACCAGGGUCUACGUCCGCUACCGCUGAACAACCCCGUGUUAUGACUACUAUCAGGGGUGAAGAGGUUGACGUUACGGAGCUGGGCAUUGAUCCUGAGUAUCUGGCCGCCUUACCUGAAGAAUUCAGAGAAGAGGUGAUUGCUCAGACUGUCAGUGAGCGGCGAUCUCAAGCUCGCGAGGAGGCCGCAGCCGGAGAGUCAACAGACGUAUUCCAAGAAUUCCUUGACGCUCUUCCUGACGAACUCCGCCAGGAAAUUGCCCAGCAAGAACGACAGGAAGAACGCAGACGAAAUCGAGAAGAGGCUCGUCGCCAAGCAACUGUUCCAUCCGGACAGCCGCCUCCCGCUGAAAUGGACGCAGCUAGUAUUUUGCUCACCUUUCCACCUGCUCUUCGCCAACAAGUUCUCAUGGACCAAGGCGAAGACAUAAUGGACCAGCUCACACCGGAGAUGGCUGCCCAGGCGAGAGCCUUGAGUCAACACCACCCCCCAAUGCCUCAGCAUCAAGGCGUACGAUCUAUCGUCACCCCAGGACAAGGACCUCCUCAAGCUGCUGCCCGGGACAACAGCGAAGGUAAAGCUCAACGCCGAGCUGUAGUGCAGAUACUGGACAAAUCUGGGGUGGCGACUCUUUUGCGCUUGAUGUUCAUCGCCCAGCAAGGCUCCAUCCGAAACUACUUGUUCAGCGUCUUUGCUGAUGUCUGCGAAAAUCGCCAAAACCGACUCGAGGUGGUAAGCACGAUCCUUCAGAUUCUUCAAGAAGGCAGCACAGAUAUGAACGCGGUUGAACGAAGCUUUGGGCAGCUAUCGAUAAAGGCAAGGAAGCACAAGGAGCGUGAAACCGACCAGAAAACACCUCAGAGUCUUAAGAAAACACUGACAAACUUGGGAACCACCGCCACACAAGUUCAACAGACCAACUCGGAAACCUCGCCGCUCUUGAUUGUGCAGCAGUGCUUGGACCUUCUGGUGGACCUGUGCACGAGGAGUCAACACAUACCAUGGUUAUUCUUGACCGAGCACGAAGUCGUAGGGUCUACUCUUAAGAGGGCAUUGAGCCGAAAAGGCAAGAUUAAGGACUCUAAGGCUCACAAGUACGCAAUCAACUCUCUCUUGACUUUGCUGGAUCGUGAGAUUGUCAUUGAGAGCUCUGUUGUGAUGACACAUCUCGCCGAUUUGCUAAAUCGUGUUACUUUGCCACUUCUUAGCCUCGACCGCAAACGCAAAGAUACCACAGAGGAGGUCAGAAAGGAAGCUCCUGUCGCUACUGAAGGAGAACAGCGGUCUGCCUCGGCUGAACAACAACAACCUGAAACGGGUACCUCUACUGAACCUCCCGCAGGGCAAAUACCAACUUCUGAACAAAAUGCCGAUGCUGCGGAGGGAGAGCCUCAUCAACAGAAGAAAGAACCUGGGUCGAAGAAACCGAGACAAUUGCAGCCACCAGUCAUUCCACCACAGAAUCUCACUCUUGUUGUGAAAAUAUUCGUUGCUAGAGAGUGCAGCUCCAAGACAUUUCAGAACACCAUCUCGACCAUCAAAAACUUGUCGGCUAUCCCGGGCGCAAAGGCUGUUUUCGGACAGGAGCUCGUGAAACAAGCCCGUCUCUUGAGUGAAAAUAUCGUCUCAGACCUAGACGACCUUCUUCCCCAUAUCGAACAGGCCACUUCUGGCACUGAAAUCCAAGGCGUUGCACUUGCCAAGUUUUCUCCAGGAGCGUCUGAGCAAAACAAGCUACUCCGCGUUCUGACUGCAUUGGAUCAUCUGUUCGAUGGCCGCAAGAAAGGUGGUGAUGGCGAGACGGAGGAGUCUAAAGAGCAUGACAAGCAGCACCUCGUCACUUCUCUAUACCACAACUCUACAUUCUCCGCCAUGUGGGAGAAGCUCAGUGCCUGCCUAAAGGCGAUUCGAGAACGAGAGAACAUGCUGAAUGUCGCUACAAUUUUACUCCCACUGAUUGAAUCCCUUAUGGUUGUAUGCAAGAACACGACGGCAAGCGAUGACUUGUCCCAGAGCCAGGCGAGCAAAGGCAUGGUUCUUUCUAGCCCACCACCAGAAGCCCGGACCGCCAGUUUGUUCUUUGCCUUUACGGAAGAUCAUCGACGCAUUCUGAACGAACUGGUGCGCAAUAACCCAAAACUCAUGUCUGGAACCUUUGCGCUCUUGGUUAAAAACCCCAAGGUUUUGGAGUUUGACAAUAAACGGAACUACUUCAAUCGCAGUGUUCACUCGCGAAGUAACCAAAAUAGUCGCCCAUCCUAUCCUCCCCUGCAACUGUCAGUCCGUCGCGAUCACGUAUUCCACGAUUCCUUCCGAUCACUCUAUUUCAAGUCGGGUGAUGAAAUGAAAUUCGGCAAACUUAACAUUCGCUUCCAUGGAGAGGAAGGCGUUGACGCGGGUGGUGUCACACGUGAGUGGUUCCAGGUGCUCGCUCGACAGAUGUUCGACCCCAACUACGCGCUCUUCACGCCUGUGUCGUCAGAUCGUACUACUUUCCACCCCAACAAGCUUAGUGGAAUCAACCCGGAACAUCUAAUGUUCUUCAAGUUCAUUGGACGCAUCAUUGGCAAGGCCCUUUACGAAGGCCGCUUGCUUGACUGUUUCUUCAGCCGAGCAGUUUACAAGCGAAUCUUGGGUAAAUCUGUAUCGGUGAAGGAUAUGGAGUCAUUUGAUCCUGAUUAUUACAAGUCACUCUGCUGGAUGCUGGACAAUGACAUUACGGACAUCAUCACAGAGACAUUCUCGGUUGAGGACGACGAGUUUGGCGUUACGAAUGUUUUUGAUCUUGUUCCCAAUGGCCGAGACGUUGCUGUCACUGAGGACAACAAGCACGAAUAUGUACGACUGGUGGUUGAACAUAAACUCCUUUCAUCUGUCAAGGAACAGAUGGAGAAAUUUUUGCAAGGCUUCCAUGAUAUCAUUCCUGCUGAGUUGAUCUCCAUUUUUAACGAGCAAGAACUUGAGCUGCUCAUCUCGGGUCUUCCCGAUAUUGACAUUGAUGACUGGAAGAGUAAUACGGAAUAUCAGAAUUACACACCAUCAUCUCAACAGAUUCAAUGGUUUUGGCGAGCUGUUAGGUCCUUUGAUAAAGAGGAACGCGCCAAGCUGCUCCAGUUUGUGACCGGUACCAGCAAAGUUCCCCUCAACGGAUUCAAGGAACUUGAAGGCAUGAACGGCAUCAGUCGUUUCAACAUUCAUCGAGAUUAUGGUGACAAGGAUCGAUUACCGUCAUCUCACACUUGCUUCAAUCAACUUGAUCUCCCAGAGUACGAAAGCUAUGACAUGUUGCGAGCUCAACUUCACAAAGCCAUUACCCAAGGCAGCGAGUAUUUCGGAUUUGCAUAG